AUGGUCAUUUCACAAUUCACACUGAAGUCACCGACAAUUUCGAGAGCCAGCCUAGCGAAAGGAUCAUCGUGUACGGUUUCUAGUUCAGCUCAACAGACACUGAUUGCUCAUUGGCAAGGAAUUAUGAAGAGUCUUGGAAGUUUCUUGAAUGUUCUAAAAACAAAUAAUGUUCCACCGGUUUUGGUGCCUAAAGUUUUCUCACCAAUAUUCUCGUUUGUGAAUGUUCAGCUAUGUAACAGUCUAUUUUGGGACGUGAGUGCUAUUCGUUUAGCAAUGGGGCUACCCUUUGACAAAAAUAAAGCAAGACAACUUGGGAUUUUAGUGAAAUCAGACGAAGUCUAUGCCUAUCAAGUUUUUUGGAUAAAACCCAUUCAUCCGUAUGGGAGUAUUUGGAGAUAUAGCCUAGUGGUGACGCUUGGGACUUUAUCAAAACGAUGGAUUGUCCCAGGUUGGUGCUUUGGUUGGAUAGCAAUAACCGAUCCUACUGGCAUUCUUCACAAAACUGGGAUUUCUAGUUCCAUAAAGAGUUGUCUUGAGUUAACAGCGGACCCACCCACUGUAAUUCAGGUAUAA